GUUGAGGGUCCGUCGGGGAGGACGCGGCCGGUGCUCGGGUGUGAGGCUGCCGGGCGGCCGGACAUGGCAGACCAGAUUCCUCUGUACCCGGUGCGCAACGCCGCUGGGGCGGGCGCCCCCAACCGCAGACGCGCGGCCUACUACAGCGCGGCGGGGCCCGGGCCGGGGGCCGACCGGCGCGGCAGGUACCAGCUAGAAGAUGAGUCUGCCCACCUGGACGAAAUGCCGCUGAUGAUGUCUGAAGAAGGCUUUGAGAACAACGAAGAUGACUACCACACAUUACCGCGGGCUCGGGUAACACGAAGAAAAAGAGGACUGGGGCAGUUUGUCGGUGGUGGAUGGAGGUUCCUCUGUACCAGCUGCUGUGAUUGGCUGAUAAAUAUUUGUCAAAGAAAGAAAGAGCUGAAAGCACGCACAGUGUGGCUUGGAUGUCCUGAAAAGUGUGAGGAGAAACAUGCCAGGAAUUCCAUAAAGAACCAGAAAUACAAUGUGUUCACCUUUAUCCCAGGGGUUUUGUAUGAACAAUUCAAGUUUUUCUUGAAUCUCUAUUUUCUGGUGGUGUCCUGCUCACAGUUCGUGCCUGCAUUGAAAAUAGGCUAUCUCUACACCUACUGGGCGCCUCUGGGGUUUGUCUUGGCUGUCACCAUCAUACGGGAAGCAAUUGAUGAAUUUCGACGUUUUCAGCGAGACAAGGAAGUGAAUUCACAACUAUACAGCAAGCUGACAGUAAGAGGUAAAGUCCAAGUGCAGAGUUCCGACAUUCAAGUUGGAGACCUCAUCAUAGUGGAAAAGAACCAAAGAAUCCCAUCGGAUAUGGUGUUCCUUAGGACUUCAGAAAAAGCAGGUUCGUGCUUUAUCCGAACUGACCAGCUGGAUGGUGAGACCGACUGGAAGCUGAAGGUGGCUGUGAGCUGCACGCAGCGGCUCCCAGCGCUGGGGGACCUCUUCUCUAUCAGCGCCUAUGUUCACGCUCAGAAGCCACAGCUGGAUAUCCACAGCUUUGAGGGCACCUUUACCAGGGAAGAUUGUGACCCACCUGUUCAUGAAAGCCUCAGCAUAGAAAAUACACUGUGGGCCAGCACUGUGGUUGCCUCAGGUACUGUAAUAGGUGUUGUCAUUUAUACUGGAAAGGAGACUCGAAGUGUAAUGAACACAUCCAAUCCCAAAAAUAAGGUUGGCUUGCUGGACCUUGAACUCAAUCAGCUGACGAAGGCGCUGUUCUUGGCUCUGAUUGCCCUGUCCGUCGUCAUGGUGGCCCUGCAAGGGUUCGUGGGCCCUUGGUACCGCAAUCUCUUCCGGUUCCUUCUCCUCUUUUCCUACAUCAUUCCCAUAAGUUUGCGUGUGAACUUGGACAUGGGCAAAGCAGCGUACGGAUGGAUGAUCAUGAGAGACGAGAACAUUCCUGGUACUGUCGUUCGGACCAGCACCAUUCCCGAGGAGCUGGGGCGCCUGGUGUACUUACUGACAGACAAAACAGGAACCCUCACCCAGAAUGAGAUGGUGUUUAAGCGGCUGCACCUGGGCACGGUGUCCUACGGGACAGACACAAUGGACGAGAUCCAGAGCCACGUCGCCAGCUCCUACUCUCAGGUGCAUCCUCCAGCUGCUGGGAGCAGUGCCGGCCCAGCUCCCCUGAGAAGAGCGCAGUCUUCCGCCCCCAAGAUCAGAAAGAGCGUCAGCAGUCGGAUCCACGAGGCGGUGAAGGCCCUGGCUCUGUGCCACAACGUGACCCCUGUGUAUGAGUCCCGGGCUGGAGUCACCGGGGAGACAGAGUCUGCCGAAGCUGACCAAGACUUCAGCGACGAGAACCGCACCUACCAGGCGUCCAGCCCUGACGAGGUCGCACUGGUGCAGUGGACGGAGAGCGUUGGGCUCACUCUGGUCAGCAGAGACCUCACCUCCAUGCAGCUGAGGACGCCGAGCGGCCAGGUCCUGACCUUCUGCAUCCUGCAGAUGUUCCCCUUCACCUCUGAGAGCAAGCGCAUGGGCGUCAUUGUCCGGGAUGAGGCCACCGCAGAGGUCACCUUCUACAUGAAAGGUGCAGAUGCCGCCAUGGCCGCCAUCGUCCAGUACAACGACUGGCUGGAAGAGGAGUGUGGGAACAUGGCGCGUGAAGGGCUGCGCACCCUCGUGGUGGCCAGGAGGGUGCUGACAGAGGAGCAGUAUCAAGACUUUGAGAGCAGAUACACUCAGGCCAAGCUGAGUGUCCAUGACAGGGCACUGAAGGUGGCUGCAGUGGUGGAGAGCCUGGAGCGAGAGAUGGAGCUGCUGUGCCUGACAGGCGUGGAAGACCAGCUGCAAGCUGAUGUGCGGCCCACCUUGGAGAUGCUGCGGAACGCGGGCAUCAAGAUAUGGAUGCUAACGGGCGAUAAACUUGAAACGGCGACCUGCAUUGCCAAAAGUUCACAUUUGGUAUCUAGAACACAAGACAUCCAUGUUUUCAGACCAGUGGCCAGUCGGGGAGAGGCCCAUCUGGAGCUGAACGCGUUCAGGAGGAAGCAUGACUGUGCACUGGUCAUUUCCGGGGAUUCGCUGGAGGUGUGUCUCAGGUAUUAUCAGCACGAGUUCGUGGAGCUGGCUUGCCAGUGCCCCGCUGUGGUGUGCUGCCGCUGCUCGCCCACACAGAAGGCCCACGUCGUGAAGCUGCUGCAGCAGCACACAGGAAAGCGCACGUGUGCUGUCGGUGACGGAGGGAAUGACGUGAGCAUGAUCCAGGCAGCCGACUGCGGCAUCGGGAUUGAAGGCAAGGAAGGGAGGCAGGCCUCACUGGCCGCGGACUUCUCCAUUACCCAGUUCCAGCACAUCGGCAGGCUGCUCGUGGUGCACGGCCGGAACAGCUACAAGCGUUCAGCUGCCCUUGGCCAGUUUGUCAUGCACCGUGGCCUCAUCAUCUCCACCAUGCAGGCUGUGUUUUCUUCCGUCUUCUACUUUGCGUCUGUUCCCUUGUACCAGGGCUUCCUCAUGGUGGGGUACGCCACUGUCUAUACCAUGUUCCCUGUAUUCUCCUUGGUGCUGGACCAGGACGUAAAGCCGGAGAUGGCCAUGCUGUAUCCGGAGCUCUACAAGGACCUAACCAAGGAACAGGAAAUGCCAGGCCACGCGGAGCCAGAGCCCAGUGCCUCAGCAGCCAAGGCUCCUGCCAGCGAGCCAGCAAGCAGGGACCCUCACGCACAUGGCUGUGACCCCUCCAUGGCGACAGCACCAGCAUGGCGGGCAGAGUACCUGAGUUCCCGCCUCUAUUGAAGGGUGACUAUGGGAGCUAAUCAUCCUGCAUGGACUCCCGGCUCAGGAUGCUGUGCACAUCUUUUGUGUCGGGGGCUCAGCUGCCCAGACUGCAACUACACAUCUAGAGCAUCAAAAGCAGCUAACCCGCUGCAGUAGCUGUGCAGAACUCGGCCCUGGUGCUUUGCAUUCGUGUGGGGCGCCUGGCUGAGGCCAUGUGGACCGUGUGUCCCACUCCGGGCUAGAGGCUGCUCAGUGAGCUUGGAGAGUGUCUUUCCCAGCAUGUAGUCCCUGCUCUCAGCAAGCCUACGUUCUGUGGAGAAGAAAGUGUGGUGGGCAUUGGCCUGGCCAUCCCAGGCCCAGUAUGUCCAUAGUUGCUGUGUGCAUGGUUGUCUGACAAGGAGGGAAGGGAGGGCACCAGGAGCCUCAAAGUAUCCCACGUUUCAGUGUGUAUCUGACCACACAUCCUCGUAGACACAUGACAAGCCCAUACCCACUGUCCCUCCCACCUGGGCAGAGUCUGUCGGGCAGAUGAACUUCAGGGAAGGAGUAUGCCACCAAAACAACAUUUCCUUGUGUUGCCUAAAAUUGGAUUUUAUUCCAAAAAGUAAGUGGCGCAUUUGCAGCAAUGGGAUCUCUAUGUUCCUCUUGUGACGCUCGGGGUGCUCUGAGUUAGGACUUGAACUUGUAAUGAACUCAGCCACCGAGGCAGGAGCUAGCCCGCUCACCUCUCCUGACUCGGUUGACCUGCCAGCGGCUGUGGCCCUGCGUGUAGUCACCAGGCCGCGGCCUGCGUCAAGACCUGACCAGGGCUGUGCGAAUUGAAGAUGUCAAACCCCAGUGAUGCCACAGCUGCUCCUCAAAACCCUUGAGACAAG